CACACACUAUAUUGUGAUUAUUAUUUUUAUUAUUAUGAUGGGUACAUUUUUUUUGUAUGUAAUGUUAUAUUUAUUGAUGUUUUGGAGUUGGAAAAUAGUGCAUUGGUUGUGGAUUAGACCUAAAUACAUGGAAAAAUGUUUGAGGGCUCAGGGGUUCAAGGGGAACCCUUAUAGGUUCCUCCAUGGCGACACGAAGGAAAUGGCUGACUUAAUUAGGGUUGCAAAAUCGAAACCCAUCAAAUUAUCGGACGAUAUAGUUCCCAGAGUUUUGCCGUUGCAUCACCAUAUCGUCAAAACGUACGGAAAAGCUUCAUACAUAUGGAUUGGGCCAGUUGCGAGAUUAAUAAUCUUGGACCCACAACUAAUCAAAGAAAUCCUGAACAAUAAUGGCAUCUUCAAAAAGCCCAUCCCAAAUCCGUUAGCUAAAUUCCUCGUGUCCGGAUUAUCGGGUUAUGAGGAUGAAAAAUGGGCCAAGCAUAGGAAAAUCAUUAAUCCAGCUUUCUAUCUCGAGAAUCUCAAGAAGAUGGUGCCGGCUAUGCGCGAAAGCUGCAUGAAAAUGAUAAAAGAUUGGGAAAAGAGAAUAAUGGGAGAAGAAAAUGAGAGGGUAGAAAUGGAUGUGGGCCCACAUUUGUCGGGUUUGGGCUGCGAUCUUAUGCUCCGAACCGCUUUCGGAGGGUCGGAUGAAGAAGGGUUGAGGAUUUUCCAUCUUCAGAAGGAGCAAGCUGAGCUCACCCGUCAGGUUUUGCAGUCCGUUUACAUUCCUGGAUGGAGGUUUGUGCCAACCAAGAGAAACAGGAGGCUAAAGGAAAUCAACACCCUUUUAUGCACCUCAGUGAAAAACAUCAUCAAACAAAGAGAAAAAAGAGAACAAUCAGAAACUAAUGACUUGCUGGGCCUUCUUUUAAAAUCCAACAAGAAGCAAAUCCAAGAAAAUGGGAAAUCACAUGGUAUUACCAUUGAUGAAGUUGUUGAAGAAUGCAAGAAUUUCUAUCUAUCAGGCCAUGAAAGUAUCUCAAACCUUUUGCUUUGGACAAUGCUUAUGUUGGCCAUUCACCAAGACUGGCAAGAACGCGCACGAGAAGAGGUUUUUCGGGUUUUCGGACAUGAUGAGCCUGAUUUUGAAGGAUUGAUAAUAUUCAACCGAACGAUCCACCGGAAAACAAAGUUGGCGGGAAUCACUCUCCCGGCGGGAGUCCACCUCCUCUUGCCCGUGAUAUUGAUCCACCACGACCCGGAACUCUGGGGCCGGGACGUCAAGGAAUUCAAACCCGAACGGUUUUCUGAAGGGGUCGCUAAAGCAACCAAAAAUCGACUUUCGUAUUUCCCUUUUAGCUGGGGUCCGCGCAACUGCAUCGCCAAUAAUUUCACCCAUAUGGAGACAAAGGUGGCCUUAGCUUUAAUCCUCACUCGAUUUUCGUUCGAGCUUUCCCCGUCAUAUGUCCACGCGCCGUCAUACAUCGUAACAUUACAACCACAGUGUGGGGUCCACCUAAUGUUGACCCGGAUUCGACCAAACGGGUCGGCCUCAAUCUUCUUCUCGAUCCUUUUACUUGGAUUGACAGCAUUAACACUCAAGUUCUUGAACUGGGUUUGGUUCAAACCCAAAAGGCUCGAGAAAAUCCUUCGAAAUCAAGGCCUCCAUGGAAACUCUUACAGAUUCUUGCUUGGAGACAUGAAGGACUUAAUCUCAGUCACAAAACAAGAACAGCCUAAAUCGAUCCGAAUUUCGGAUCAUCUCACCCCGCAUAUUCUACCAUAUUACCACCAAAUCCGUAGCAAGUACGGCGAUAAUUCGUUUCUAUGGUUCGGGCCCUUUCCAAGACUCAUUAUUUGCGAGCCGCAGCUUUUGAAGGAGAUUCUCACGAGGACCGAUGUUUUUCAAAAGCCUCUUCCCGACCCGAUUGGCCAAACGGUCGCGGGCGGGCUUUUGUUUCUCGAGGAUGAUAAAUGGGCCAAGCACCGAAAGAUUAUCAACCCGGCUUUUCAUAUGGAGAAGUUGAAGAAUAAGAUACCCGCGAUGCGUUUGAGCUGCGCAAGCAUGAUCGAAAAAUGGGAAGCCUUGUUUUCGGGUAGUGAUGAGCCUCGGGAAAUAGACGUGUGGCCUUAUCUCGAGAAUUUGACAGGCGAUGUGAUUUCUCGGGCCGCAUUCGGAAGUAGCCAUGAAGAAGGGAGAAGGAUUUUCGAGCUCCAAAAGGAAAAGGUGAAGCUCGUUUUGGAGUUGUUGCAGUUCAUAUUCAUCCCCGGAUGGAGAUUUGUUCCGACCAAGGCAAACAAGAGAAUGAAAGCGUACUCGGAGGAAGUCGAGUACUUGUUGAGGGGUAUUAUCGACCAAAGGAUCAAGGCAAUGAGAAGGGGAGAAAAAGUUUGUGACGAUUUGCUAAGCACAUUGUUGGGGUCGAAUUCGAAUUCGAACGAAACUCACGAAAACCAAACGGGCACGAAAAUGAGCAUCGAGGAUGUGAUUCACGAGUGCCGACUCUUCUACUUUGCGGGUUCCGAAACAACUUCGCUUUUGCUCGUGUGGACAAUGGUGAUGCUCGCCAAGCAUCGAGAGUGGCAAGACCGUGCGAGAGAGGAAGUCUCUCGAGUGCUUUCGAACGACGAGCCGAAUUUCGACAACCUUAAUCGCCUCAAAAUCGUGACCAUGAUUCUCAAUGAGGUCUUGAGGCUAUAUCCGCCGGCCCCAUUGCUCUCACGAACCGCUAAAAAGCCGGUGAAGCUUGGGAACAUAAAUUUACCAGUCGGUGUCGAUUUGAUUUUGCUAAUAGGUAUGCUUCACAACGACCCGAAAAUUUGGGGAGAUGACGCGAACGAGUUCAAGCCCGAGAGGUUUUCGGACGGGAUCUCGGGCGCUACCAAAGGACAAUUCUCGUUUUUGCCGUUUAGCGCAGGCCCAAAAGUAUGUGUCGGGCAGCAUUUCGCAAUGAUGGAGGCGAAGUUAGCUAUGGCCGUUAUAUUAAAAGGCUUCUCGUUCGAGGUUUCGCCGAAUUAUCGACAUGCUCCUUUCCCCAUUAUCACUCUUCAGCCACAGCAUGGGGUUCCCUUGGUUUUGCAGAAGCUAUAAACAGUGGGACUUGAAACUUAAAAAGAGUUAUUUGCCUUUCUUCUUCACUUGUUUUUGUUAAAAGAGAGUGUGUCAAGUUUAGAGAAGUGCAUGUUACAUAGUUUUAUUUAUGGAGUGUUAUGUAGGUUUUCAUCACUAGUGAAAAUUGGAGAGCUUUUUUGUUUUUCUUCUUCUUUCUUUUGAUUUAUAAAAUGUGAGGGAUGUUUUAUGCGUAUGUACUUGAUUUUAUGGAGAAGGCGACGAAGGAUUGCAAACAAACCUCAAACUGUUCAAACCAACAAAUUCAAACAAAAGAAUCGAAUAAUAUGACAAAAUUGAG